GUGAACGCUGCGACCAGGGCUGCGUUGCCACCCUCGAGCUGCACAAAGAAAAAUAAUUUACUCGCCAGCAGCGCAUUGACGUUUUUUCAUUUUUUAAAGUGUACUUAAGAGUUGUUAAUAUUUUUCGCAGUGCUCAACCGACCACAACAAACAAUAAUAACCGAAUAAGUGUGGGUGAAAAUGCAGCGAGCUGCAAUCGGCGCAACGCAGAGUGGAAUCCAGCACCCAAAAUCAGGCGAAGCCAUCAUUAGCGAGACAUUUGUCUGACCCCAGCGGUGUCUGAGCAUCGGAGAGUCGGAGAGAGCAGAGCAGAGAACCCAAGGAAGCGCCAUUCGACCGAGCCGAAAUGGCCUCAGAUUCGAUGGCCCCCAGCAGCAGCAGUGCGGCGGCCGCUGCUGCAGCCACCAAAUUGCUGGUGGAGAUCACCACCGACGGCAUACCCAAGCUGCACUGUCCGGUGUGCAACAAGGCGCUGGUCUCAUUGGCCGGCUAUGUGAAGCACGUCAAGAAGCACCAGCCGCCGGGCGGCUUCGAGUGCCGCAGCUGCGACGCCCGAUUUUGCCACGAGGAGGAGCUAACCAAGCAUGCCAAGGAUGAACAUGGGGAAACCGCCUCAGUCGCUGGCCAAGAACGCAAGCCCUUUGUCUGCGAGAAGUGCGGGGCGGAGUACAAGUACCAGGAGGCAUAUCGACGCCACUGCAGGACCAAGUGUGGUGAGGAAAAGCCGCCGAAGGAGGAGACCCGACCGGUGGAGUGCAGUUCCUGCUACACUCGCUUCUCCUGCUUUGCCAGUCUGACCAAGCACCGGCGCAGUCGCCCCGAGACCUGUGGCCAGCCAGAGUACGAUGUGCCUGGCGAGUCGGAGGGGAAGAAGCGGAAAGCUUACCGCAAGAAGGGAAGGAAGAGGGACUCCGAUGAUGAGACCACCUCUGACGAGUCGGAGGAGGAAACUGACGAUGACAUUCCACUGGCCAGCCGGCUGAAGACGAAGCUCAAACAAGAGAGCCAGUUCUCGGACUCGGGUGACGAGUGUCCCGACUUCGAGCCCAACAACAGCGAGGACGAGGCGGAUUCCUCUGGAUUUAAGCUGCCACCACCGGCCAUGGUCAAGGUUGAGGCCUUUGACGAGGAGGACUUUGAGUACCAGGACGCCAGCAUGUAUGUGAAGACGGAGAGCACGGAUAUCUUCAGCAACGAGAAGGACAAGCUCCUGGAUGUGCUGCUAAACGAGGGCGAUGGCCUGAAGCCCUUCGAGAGCUUGAAAGUGGAGCAAGGAGCCGGCAUCCUAGACGAGAUUGCGGCCGUGCCGCUGGUGGAGGUAGCCGAGGAGGAUGUUCUGUCCCUUAGAGGUCCACGCAAGGAUGAGGUAGUAAAGCGGAAGCGAGGCAGGCCGCCGAAGGAGAAGAUUCCGGUUAUCAAGCGAAAGUAUCGCAAGCGCAACGCACCGAGGUCGCCCUCGCCUGAGGAUUCAUCCGGAACCCCGAAACGCGUAGCCAAGAUAAGCAAAAAGGAGCUGAAGGAACGCCUUAAGAUGAUCAACAAGAUGGAAAAGUCCUGGAAGUGUCCACAUUGCGUCAAGAUCUACCACAUUCGCAAACCAUAUGAGAAGCAUUUGCGCGACGACCACAAACUCAACGAGCAGGAGAUGAAGGAGAUAUUCAAAGACGUAGACGUGCAUGCCAAGCUGGAUGAAGAAGUAUUCAAGUGCAACAUUUGCAGCAAGAUAUAUCUGGUCGAGAAGCGCCUAGUCACCCAUAUGAAGGUGCACGGCGAGGACGGCAAACUGACCUUCAAGUGUCCGUGUUACUGCAACCUGUUUUUCGCCACCAAGGAGCAGGCCACGGAACACGCCCGGGCGCAGCACAAGGAGCUUCUCUACUGCGAGAAGUGCGACAAGUACAUGACCGGCCACGACAGCCUCAAAAACCACGAACGCAAUUUCCACUCGAAGAAGGAGCCGCGCAGCCAGCAGCGCAACCUCAUAUGCGACAAGUGCGGCAAGAAGUUCACCGGACGCACCUCACUCUCUGACCAUGUGCGUUCCGACUGCGGCCGCCUGCCACUCUACGGCUGCACCGUUUGCGGCAAGCAUUUGUCCACAGCUGGCAUUCUCAAGACGCACAUGCUCUUGCACAAAGCAGACACUCCCUACCAGUGCGACAAGUGUGGCAAGACAUUCAAGGUGAAGGCCCAAUACAAGUCGCAUCUGAAGACGCGGCACACCGACUACAAGCCCUACAAGUGUCACCUCUGCCCCAAGGAGUAUCCAUACAGGGAGAGCCUGCUCACCCACAUGACCGUGCAUACGGGCAUCAAGCGUUUCCUGUGCAAUAACUGCGGCAAGCGCUUCACCUGCAUCUCCAACCUGCAGGCUCAUCGCAAGGUGCAUGCCGACACUUGCGGUCAGCUGCCGUUGAAUGCCAAGGCCACCCAGUACAUGGGCGUGCAGCGAGGCAAGCUCUUGAUGGGCGCCAAGCCCGAGGCAGGCAUGGAGUAUGAAGAGACCAAGACACUGAUCGCACAGGACGUGAUUGACCGGGACAUGCCUAUGGCCCAGGAGCUGAACUUCCCAUCUGACGGCUCGGCACCGCUGGCCACUGUGCCGCUAAAUUAUGCCUCCUCACACCUGGUGCCCCACAUCGUGCUCCAGACCAUGCAGGCCGAGGCACGGCGACUGGAGUAACUUCGGAACACAUUCACUUAGAGGUCCCAUUCAAUAAUGAUGCUUUUUGUAAACGGAUGCGUAUUCUACUUGUACAACAUAUGGGAUGUAACUACAUAUAAUAUCUACUUAAUGACUGGAUUAAUUAAAUAACAUUGAACGAUAAAUGUAUGCUACAUAAAAUUGAUGUAGUUAAAGGUUUAGCGCCAUACGGACCUGUCAACACACAUUUAAGAAAAUAAAUUUCCUUAUAAAAAUA